GGGGGGAGCGAAUGAGAGUAGGAAAAAACCGUCACCCCGGAGCGGGUCUCCUUUGUGAGAUAAGCUUUAUUGAAGCAUCUGGAAUUGAUCGCCCUUCUUAUAACGAUCAUGGAAUCACGAAGAGAAUGACCCCUUUGACAAGCCACCAUGCCGCGGCUGCUCUUCGUAUCUCAUGGAACCAUAUAUUAAAUGCGCUGAAUGUGGACCUCCCGCAUUUCUUCUGUGCUUACAGUGUUUCUCAAGAGGAUUUGAAUAUAAGAAACACCAGAGUGAUCACAGCUAUGAAAUAAUGACCUCUGAUUUUGCGGUCCUGGACUCCAGCUGGACAGCUCAGGAGGAAAUGGCUCUUCUUGAAGCUGUAAUGGAUUGUGGUUUUGGAAACUGGCAAGACGUAGCCAAUCAGAUGCGCACAAAGACCAAAGAUGACUGUGAAAAACACUACAUGAAGCAUUUUAUUAACAACCCACUCUUUGCUAGUACAUUGCUCAGUCUGAAGCAAGCAGAAGAGGAAAAGCAUAUAAACACAGCCAUUCCAUUCUUGUCUACGGAAGAUCCCCCAAGGCCAUCUUUCGAAUCUUUGCUUUCAAGAGAUAUGGCAGGAUACAUGCCAGCUAGGGCAGACUUCAUAGAGGAGUUUGACAAUUAUGCGGAAUGGGACCUAAGAGAUAUUGAUUUUGUCGAAGAUGAUUCCGAUGUUUUACAUGCUUUGAAAAUUGCAGUUGUAGAUAUAUAUCACUCCAGAUUGAAAGAGAGGCAACGAAGGAAAAGAAUUAUAAGAGAGCACGGUCUUAUAAAUCUGAGGAAGUUUCAGAUUUUAGAAAGGAGGUACCCCAGAGAGGUUCAAGAGCUGUAUGAAACAAUGAGGCGAUUUGCCAGGGUUGUAGGACCAUUGGAGCAUGACAAGUUCAUUGAAAGUCACGCAUUGGAAUUUGAGCUACGCAGGGAGAUCAAACGGUUACAGGAUUACAGAACUGCAGGCAUUAAAACAUUUUGUGGUGCAAAAGUCUAUGACCGGUUAAAGAAGUCCAGAGAAGAAGAACGUAUGAAGAGGACAAUGCUUUCUGAGGUCCUUCAGUACAUUCAAGAUGGGAACGCCUGCCAACAAUGGCUUAAAAGACAAGCUGCCAUUGACGCUGGAGUGCACCAAGUCGCACCUGUUUCUAGUUCAGGAAGACGAAGUGCUCCCCCCUUAGACUUAACAGGACUUCCUGGUACAGAAAAACUGAACGACAAAGAGAAAGAGUUGUGUCAGAUGGUGAGAUUGGUUCCUGGAGCUUAUCUGGAGUACAAAGCGGCACUGGUGAAUGAAUGCAAAAAGCAGGGAAGCCUUCGACUGGCACAAGCUCGAGCCCUUAUCAAGAUAGAUGUUAAUAAGACUCGCAAGAUCUAUGAUUUCCUCAUACGGGAAGGAUUUAUCAUAAAGCCUCUGCCAUAAAGGGAUUCUUGCUUAUUUCCUUGAAAUGAGAACUUCUGCUAAAACCUCAAAGGGCAUAUUGUUAUAGUUCAGAGGUCAUGUUCCAUUGUUUUGUAUCCAAGUAUUUAAAAGUGUACAAUGACAUAGUUUGUUAUACUACACACCUUGGUUACUUUGCAUUUUUGUCAACUUGUAAACAAAAAAAACCCCAACAAAUACCUGAAGGAUUAUUUGCUUCUGUACAACAGAUAGGACGGCGUGCGAACAGUAAGUCGGAGAGUGAAUUGUAAAACAUGUGCAUGAUAUUUGCCUUGUAAUGUCAACUUGAGCAUAACUACUACAUAAGUAUAGCUAAGUAACCAUGAAUAACAUCUAUUAAAAUCUUACAGACGUGUUUCCCAUUAUUUUCUGGGAACUGAUUGAUUGUAAAAAGUAUCAGAUAUAUGUAUUUGCCAGUGUUUUGUUCCAUAUUUUUGGAGCUAACCAAAAAAAAAGUAUUUAAGUUCUUUAUUUUAUUGUUUUGUAUAUAAUGUAUGUUUGUCUUUUGUAGCAGUAUACUUGUGUUUUUCACUAAAGAAACCCUAGAAAAAUUUGCAGAAAAAAAUAUAAAAUUCCUAGUACAUCCAUCAAAAUGUGAAAAGGUACUAUUGUCCAAUUACAGCGAUCAGUCUUGCAUUUGUAUUUGUUUUUCUUUUGUUAGUAUGUUCGUGAUGUAUGUUUUAAAGAUGUUUAAGAAGAUUAA